CAAGGACGUGAAGACCUGUUCAACGAUGUCAGCAACCGCGGCAGACGUACGAAGAUUAUUGAGGCAGUCAAGGGAGCAGAGAAGAGCGGAACAAACACCAAAUGGUACGAAGCAGAAGCGACAGCCGGAAGAUGCCGCAGUGCCAUCAUCAAAACGCACAAGAACCACGAGUCCAUCCGAGGAUGAGCAACGAGGUGCCCUGCCAGCCGAUCUUCUUCGCGGCAGAGCUCAAAAAGUGACGCAGGUGAUCCGACCUGUAUCACCAAGUCCUGAAGAGCCAUCAAAUCCCAAUGCUCUACCAGCUGAUUUCUUCGAUCCCGGAAACAACCCGGAUGUGGAGGCAAAUAUUGAAGAUGAGUGGGCUGCUUUUCAGGCAGAAAUCGCACAAACUACGGCAGCGCACGCGAACACCAUAUCUGUGGCUCCUACUACAGCAGGUCAAAAUACAGAGCCGGAGCACAAACCACAAGAGGAGGACGAAGAAGAAUCACCAGAGGAGCUCCGAAGACGCAAACUGGAGGACGAGAUUUACGAGCAAAUGUCAUUGGAGGAGCGGGUACAGAAGUUAAAGGAGAAGAGAGCGCAAAUCAAACAGCAAGCUGCCGCUGCACCAGAGAAGGGAAAGAACAUAUCUAGCGAUACAAAAAUGGCAGACGAGGUGGAUGAGAGCGAUGACGAAGAUGAAGAUGACUUCAUGUGGAGAUCACGAGGUGGAUGAAGGAGGUGGAGGAGGCUAUGUUCAAAAUAUGACAAUUGACGAAGCAGACAUGCUAGGCGUAGUAUGGAUUUUGAUAAACGAUGUGUAGCACGCUUACCGUGGUGAUGCUGCUGGGAUAAAAGCGUGGGUGCCAAGACUUCCCACGGUUCAUUUAAAUGAGCAAAAUGAUGUCCCUGUCGUGGCUUGAACACGAG